AUGUUCCUGCAUCACCAUCUCAUGUUUUCAACCUCUAUCCAGCGAGGCAUAAGGAGCACAGGCGCAAUCCAAAAAGAUUUCUGUAGACUUGGGAAAUACGCCUUUUUGAUAGGUACCUUCCCACAACCGACGAAUCAUCACAUUUUUCGCAAUAUACCACAAAAAACCUGUAAAUUUCUUCACACAUCAACCAUGGGAGAUCAGUCUAGGCAAUUACGUUAUGUUGAUAUUGGGAUUAAUUUCACCGACCCUAUCUUCCGCGGCGAGUACCAUGGAAAGCAAAGACACGAAGACGACUUUGAAGAUGUUAUCCAACGUGGUGUUGAUGCCGGAUGUAAAAAGUUCAUGGUUACGGGAUCAGAUCUGAAAGAGUCGGAGCAUGCCAUUGAGAUUGCUAAAGCGCACCCUGCUCUCUGCUAUGCUACCAUCGGCGUACACCCUUGCUCUGCAAAGCUCUUCGACGAGUACCCCGACGGACCCACAGCUCUUCUUACCGCCCUCAAAGACCUAGCGCUAUCGUCAAAGGCCUCGGGAACUGCUGUAGCCUUUGGUGAAAUAGGCCUCGAUUAUGAUCGCUUAUAUCUGACCCCCCAAGAUCAACAACUCAAGUACUUUGAAGCUCAACUCGCCAUAGCUGUGGAAGCGCAACUGCCGCUUUUUCUACACUCACGCGCUGCGGCCGAGGACUUUGAACGCUUACUUAAAGCGCGGUUGGACGAGCUGCCGAAACGAGGACUCGUGCACAGCUUCACGGGAACUAUCGAGGAGAUGCAGAGAUUGGUGGAUCUUGGAUUCGACAUCGGGAUCAACGGAUGUAGUAUGAAAACCGAAGAAAACAUCUCCGUAGUCCGCGCCGUGCCCCUCUCGCACAUCCAAAUCGAAACUGACGGCCCCUGGUGCGAAAUGCGCCCUUCGCACGCCUCAGCCGCGUACCUCAAGGACGCGCCGGCCCUCCCCAAAGCGGUCAAAAAGGAGAAGUUUGUCAAAGGCGCCAUGGUAAAAGGCCGCAAUGAGCCGGCUACAAUCCCGCACGUCGCUUACGCCAUUGCUGGGAUCAAGGGAGUUAGUGUGGAGGAGGUUUGCGAUGCGGCUUGGAGGAAUUCGAUCAAAAUGUUUGGAUUGGGUGAGGUAGUCGAAUGA